AUGAAAAUUCGUAAUUCUAUUGAAUUAUUCUAUGCAGCAAAUAUUCUCAUCAACAAUAAUCUCUCCGCAUUGAUGCUCGAUAUCGAUCCACAAUUGCUUGAAGGCAAACGUAUUGCCAAAUUAUUAAUGGAUGAUCAAGGUAAAUGGUCAAAGAUGAAAAAAGAAUUUCGGGAAGUACAAAUAAGAGAUCGCAAAUUGAAACUACAAGUACUUGAUGAAUUACGUGCUGCCGGUUUGCGUAUAGUAAUACGUUCGAAAAAGACUAAACAAGUUGUUUACGAAAAAAAAGAAAAAAUUCGACUUAAUCAUAGUGACCAAGAUGAAUACAAUAAUGAUGAACUAGUCGAUGGUGGACAAAACAGGAUGACUAUUUCUAUUCAAAAUUCAACGGAGGUCAACGAACAAGAUUAUGAAGAGGAGGAUCUCGAUUCGGCUGAUGAUGCCGAUGAUUUUGAACAGGUCGACAAUAUUCGUAAUAUCUGUGAUGAAGUCGUUUGGAAUGUUAUGAAAAACGAUUCUCAAGUCUAUAUGCUAGCAGCUUUUUUGCGUGCGGAAAAAGUCGUCUGUUCGUUGAGUGACGUUGAACCUAAUGUCAAAUAUGAUUACGUCUGUGAAUAUGUUUCGAGACAAGGUCAACAGAUUCUUAUCGGCUUGGGUAUUGUUAUUUUUUUCUGUGUUUUAUCACUUCAACCAUUUCGAUGGUCUAUCUCGUUCAUUGUCAAACUAUUUGUCAAAUGUUGCAAAACCCGAUGUGGAAAUCAUCAUCGCAAGAAAACAGAAGCGCCUGCACGGAUAACCACUCAAAAUGACCAACGAAAACUCGAACCGAUCGUUCGAACAGACGAUCUAGGAGAAAUCACCACUGGUGACGAAUGCCAACAACAACUGAUGGGAGAUCACGUUAAUUCAGAGCCGCAUCGUCCAAUAAUAGCAGAAGAGGGCAUGAAAUUUUUGUGA